UUCUUUAUAGGGCUGGUUCUAACUAUAUUGACAACCUGGGUUUUGCUUCACUUACUGUGUGGAACAUGAAGACAUGGAAAGCCAUGACAGUCCUUCCUCUUGGAGAAGAUCCACCAGCAAUUACUUCUCUAUGCUUUAAUCACAAUGGAAAGAUUUUGGCAGCUUCUGCCGUUGAUGGAAUGAUUCACAUGUUUGACAUGUCUGCUGGUCUACAAAUCACUGGCUGGCCAGCACAUGAUUCUUCCAUCAGUUCUAUUCUGUUUGGACCAGAUGAGACUAGCAUUUUUAGCCUGGGCUCUGAUGGGAAGAUUUUUGAGUGGAGUUUGCAAAAUCAAGGUCAAAUCCUGUGGUCGAGAGACUCUAGCUAG